AUGCGCCUUCUGCGCCUUGAAGGUGACGAUGGGUUCAGCCUGGUCGAAUUCUUCGGCAGUGACUUACCGCCAUACGCCAUUCUGUCACAUACUUGGGGAGCGGACCGGGAUGAAGUCACCUUUCGAGACUUGACAGAGGGUACAGGCAAGGAGAAGGCCGGUUAUCGCAAACUUGCCUUGUGCAGAGACCAGACUGCGAAAGACAAUCUCGAGUACUUCUGGGCAGACACUUGUUGCAUCGACAAGUCUUCUAGCGCUGAGUUGUCGGAAGCUAUCAACUCGAUGUUCGCUUGGUAUCGUAAAUCUGUCGUCUGUUAUGCGUACCUGUGGGAUGUUGUGGAUAAACCGCCAUGUGGUGCAGAAGACACGAAUCGAAAUGCGAAAGAGUGUGUAUGUACACCUGAGAACUGGACGAAUAGCCGCUGGUUCAGUCGAGGCUGGACAUUGCAGGAACUCAUUGGCCCAAAGGCCGUAGAGUUCUACUCCAGAGACUGGAGCAUGAUCGGAACAAAAGCCACACAGUCAAAACGCAUCUCACAGCGAACGGAAAUUCCGGAGCCUCAAAGGAUGUCAUGGGCCGGCGGCCGCAGUACCAAAAGAGAAGAAGACGAAGCCUACUGCCUCCUCGGAAUCUUCGACAUGAACAUGCCAUUGAUAUAUGGUGAAGGCAAAAAGUCGUUUGUUCGUUUACAGCUAGCAAUCUUGGACCAGGAAGAAGACUACAGCAUCCUUGCUUGGUCCCGUAUGAAAGAUGACAAUUCAUUGACAGGGCUACUCGCGUCUUCUCCUCUAGACUUCUCCACGAAGACUCAUUCAGGCACUCGAAAGACAAAUCGAAGGAGACCUCAAAUUCCCAAGGUAUCGUAUACUAAAUCCACGGCAAGAGCAUUCUUUCGAAGGUGGGUGCCGCAGAGCAAUCUGCCAGCACUUUUGGCAGUACCUUACUACCGUCUGCUCAACACGGAUUACGAAUCUUUACAGUCAUAUGUACCUUCCAGAGCCGGCUUGAGAACCGGUGAAAAACUUCCUGAUUGCAUUUCAGUGAAAGUCCCAAGUGUACCAGUGCGAGCGACUAGCCGAGGUCUUCACCUUUCUCUACCAGUCAGAAUGUCAGAUGAUCCAAAGGUUCAUUCGAUAGCUUGGAUCUACUGUAUCUAUCAAGGCCGCCUUCUCUGCAUCCUACUACGACAAAGCGACUCCACAGUCUUCGCCCGACAUUCUCCUACAUGGCUAUUCACCGUUGAUGCCAAGUUUUUGAAGGAAUUUGAGAUGCAAGAGGUUUACUGUCACGUGUCUAGUCCAGUCAUUCCAAUGGGAGGUAUAAGUGGCUCGUCACAUGUCUUCCACAUUGGUCUGGCGGAAUUAGGCAAAACUGAAGAGGCAGCAGAGAUUCGCAGAAUCCGCAAAGAGUCGAGCAAGAACAGAACGAAGAUUACAAAAAUCCGGGCGCUCAUCAGCGACCUUCGACACAUCGAUCCAGCCAAUGUGACCGUGCUUGAUCGAAUAGAUGUAUGGUGGUUGGACCGCCUCAAGAUCUACAUAGAGGACAAAACAGCAAGCUCCUGGAAUUGGGCGCCAUUGCAACCUCCCCGACGGCCGUGCACAACAGAUUUGUGGCAUCUGGAAUGGAAAUGUGUAAGCUGA